AUGCAGGCUGAGUUAUUUAUCCUCAGGCUUUCUCGAAAUAGUGGUGUGCUUGGACUUGCAGGCAUGCCUUUUACCUCCCAAAUUUUCUCCACACACAUUCAUUCGUACAAUGAAGUUCCAUUGAAUUAUGGUAUCCUUCUUGUGCGGCCUCUCCUAGAGUUUUCAAAAGAAGAUAUGUACAAGAUAUGUCUUGGGGGUUGCAAGGACUGGGUGGAAGACCCAACAAAUCAGAGUCCAUUAUUUGCACGUAAUAGGAUACGGAUGUCUUUGAAUAAUUUGUCAUCAUCCACUUUCAAGUCUGAGCUAAAAGCAGUCAUUUCUGCAUGUCGAAUGACACGGUUAUAUGUCAAUCAAUUUUGUUAUAGCUUGAUAAAUGAAGCUGUGGUCAUCAGGGAGCAUGGGUAUGCUAUUGUUGAUUUAAAGAUUCUUAAUCCCUCAAAAAUCGUGGAUAUAUGCCUGUCAAAGUUUAUAUCCUUGGUUUUGCAGUUCAUAUCGCAAAGGCAAAGGCCAAUCAGAGGUAGUGCUUUAAAAUUGCUGUUGGACUAUAUUCGUACUUUCCCAUGCAAGAAUUCUCUCACAGCGGCUGGUUGUUACCUCUGCCCAGAUCCUGGUUCUAGAGGGUCCAGAGUCUUGGUUUGCUGUUCAGUUGACGGUCCUCUGCCUUUAAAGAUGGAAGUUUUUGAGUCAUUCUCUGAUCAAAAACUGCAAUGUCAUGUUUUGAAUGAGGUGGAGAAAAUUAUAGAACAUGGAAAAUCAUAUGCAAGUCAAUUAGUUCUAGAUGCCUCAGAUGUUCAUUUUAUGGAUGUGACUCCUGAGUUAGUUCUGACUAAAGCAAAACGACUAAAUAUUAUCUCUGAGUCAACAUACAUGAAUAUCAUCGAAUUGCAGAGGGAAGAGACUGAUCGCUUCAAGUCUAAAGCUGAGGACAAAACUAACUCUGAACCAAAGCAUGAAGCUGAUAUUGUUUCUACAUUCAAGCCAGGGCAGAUAUGUUACUUCAUGAAUAGAUUUGUUAUUACAUGGGGAAUGAAAGAAAACAUUGCCGGGGGUGCAUUGUCUGAUUUAUUUACAUGUGGCAUGGAUUUGGUUGGCGAAAGCUGGAACUGUUCUUGCAUGUCUUUCAUUGUCAAUCAUAACACUAGGCUUGAAAUGCGUACCAUGAUCGAAUCUGAUUGGCUGUAUCUUGGGAAGUUGUCGAAGUACCCCCCUCCCAAUAAUUUCGAGCAACAAGGGGCUAUAAAAUCUAGGGAAAUAGAACAAAUGAUGGAGAAGAAAACUCUAUGUUUCCAUUAUGCCUGUGUAUCCGCACAGAAAGCUCUCCUGUUAUUAAAGUCUAUCCCAGUUGCUGCAAGAAGAAGCCUGCCUGUCCUGGUCAAUCUGCAUGGACAAUUACUAAGCAUUCCUACUGUCGAGUUCAGCCAUUGUCCACGCUUGAUUGUACAAGCAGAGUUCAAGCCAAAAAUACCCCUCGGGGGAGGUCAUAGCUCAUUCAUAUAGUACAACUGCUCCUGCUGUUUCCCUUCUAUAUUUAACUGUUCUUCAAAUUGAGAGCCACUUCUCUGGAGAUUUCUCAAUCUGAAAUGAGAGAAAUUGCUCCAGACCGCCUGAAUCUCAGCAACUUCCAGGUCGACCAGGCAAUCAAAACGGACAUGAUGGAGAAUUGGAGAUGGAACAGUAUUUAUGUUGUGGAGGUCGAAAAGCUAUAAUCUGCUUCUUACCAAGCAAGCUUCCACAGGAAAGACUCCCGAGAAUCUCUAGUCAGAGGGAAGGAGGAUCUUGAGGUGAUGGCUAUGGAAGUAUCUCAGGUAUAUUAAAUGACGGGGCGGAGAAAUUGUAAAAGCAGCUGAGCAUGCUGUAAUCUCCUUGGCCUAAAGAUUUACAGUUCGCCUCCUAUGGACUUGGUAAGAAUUGACUGAUUUACGGGAAGCAAUGCUGACGAGAAGAUCCUGGAACUUAGCUAGCAGGUUGUGUGAUUGGUGCAGAUUGGAAUUUCAGUGCUAUUGCAGCAAUUAAGCUUUAUUCCAUGGUAAAAUUCACACAGGUCAAAAGCUGAUCCUCAAAUUGUAGCAAAUCUAUUCAACCAGCAUGACAGGUCAGAUUGAGACUUGUGACAGCAUGGACACGCAUUCUGUGGUACCCAUGAGAGAGUCCGAUAUUUUUACCUGGGACUAGUCCCACUUUUGUUGCACGAAGAAACAUUAAUGUUAUCUGCCUACCGCCAUCAAAUAGAUUAUUAAGCUGUAUAAAAUGAGAAAUCUGAUGCUGCCUCGUUUGAAAAUUGAAAUGAAGAGUUUCUUGACCUUUGUAAA